AUGGAAAGUGGAUCUACAAGUUGUCGUCGGUUGAAUUUUGAAGCAAAUGAAGAGUGUCAGGAUGAUGGCGUGAAAGUUAUUAACGAAGGGUUGAACAAUAAAAAUGAUUUGGAGAAUAUUGAGGCACCUAUAUCAGAAGACUUUCUACCUAGUAUAGGUCAAGAAAUUGAAAGUGAAGAAGUUGCUUAUCAAUUUUAUUUGACAUAUGCUAGAAGGAUUGGAUUUAGCAUAAAAAAAUCUAGAUGUCAUAUUAAUAAAUCAGGUAAAAUGUUUGACAGAGUGUUAUGUUACAGUGCACAUGGCAAAAAGGAAAUAGAUAAAUGUCAUGAUCUUUAUGUGAAAAACAAACGUGCUGAAACAGCGAUACAAAUUGAGAUGGCUAGUGAAGUUGGAAUCCCCCAAAAGCAUCUCAUGAUCAUAUGGCUAGACAAGUGGAACAAGAAACGUGGUGGUUGGGGAUUCAAGAGGUGUAUUGGAAUAUUUGAAAAACAGCAGUUACAAGAUCCUAAUUUUUUCUAUGUUAUUCAACUUGAUGAAGAUGACCUAAUAACUAAUAUUUAUUGGUUUGAUGCUAAGAUGAGAGCUGAUUACAGUCAUUUUGGAGAUGUUAUUUGUUUUGACACAACUUAUAGGAAGAACAAUGAAGGUCGUCCAAUUGCGUUGUUUGUAGGUGUUAAUCAUCAUAAACAAUCGAUAAUUUUUGGUGUAUCUUUAUUGUAUGAUGAGAUAUCUAUAUCAUUUGAGUGGUUAUUUGAUACAUUUAGUAAAGCCAUGAGGGAGAAAAAAUCAACAACUAUUCUCACAGAUCAAGAUGCAGCCAUGACAAAGGCUUUAACUUUGAGAUGA